UCUUUAUUUACUAACUUGCGGCACGACCGCCACAACGCACCGGCUCCGCCGCCAGUGCCGCCUCGCGUACUUAGCUGCUCGCACGCGCCUCUCCCUUCGCUCUAUCGUACAAAAAUAAACUUUGGAUCGCACAAAAAUGUCCAGAAUCAGCUGUUUCGAGUAGAGUUUUGACUACUUCGGACAGGAAGAAGUUACAAACGUGAAAUUCCGAGUGUUUGUAUCUGUGCAAAAUGAAUGAAACAGUGUAUUCUAAUGACACUUGGCAGUGGUACGCGGAGGCUGUCAGGUCCUGGCUGGAGGACCCGAGUGAGGAGGAGCAUGAGGGUCUUAACAUGACGGCCCUGGCGAUGGACCAAGCGUACGUGGUCGGGCUAGCUGACCGGAAUGUUUCUGUCUACUCUGUGUCUGAUGAUUGUUUUCGAUGUCCCUUCGAGCUGCAGAAGUCCCUCGCAGAAGCGACCGAGGAGUCGUGGAUCACGAGCACAGCACGCCGGGCCACCUGGCGGGUCUACGCCGACUCUACAGAACAGUACAUUAGCGCUAGAAAUACAUCGGGUAUGGUGUGUCAGCUCAGGCCUCAGCUAGGCCAAUUUGGAGUUUACCAGCUCAACGUGACCGGCGAAGGGUGCGAAGUCACUACUGCGAAGGAGCCUGUAGAUAUCUAUAUGCCUUUGCUGCUACUCCUCGGCGUGCUGCUGGGAUCAUGGCUGCUGUACGUCCUGGUGCGGCUGGUGAUGUCGCGCGUGCGCCGGACUGGCAAGCUGCGCUACGGGGACAAGGAGCUGGCCAUCCAGCAGCGGCUGCGAGCGCUUGACACCUUCAGAGGCAUCGCAAUAGUGUUCAUGAUCUUCGUCAACGACGGCGCGGGGGGCUACUGGUGGCUGGAGCACGCCACGUGGAACGGGAUGGUGGCCGGCGACCUGGUGUUCCCUGCCUUCCUGUGGAUCAUGGGCGUUUGCAUCCCUCUGUCCGUCAAGAGCGCCUUCGCUAAAGGAGUCCCGAGGUGGAAGAUUGUGCUGCACAUCGUUAGGAGGUCCAUAAUGAUGUUCCUGCUGGGCAUGAGCCUGAACACGAUCUACGGCUCCAACAUGCUGCAGCAGCUGCGUAUCUUCGGCGUGCUGCAGCGGCUGGCGGUGGCCUACUUCAUCUCCGCUGGCUUCUACGCCCUCACCGCGCCUAAGUACUACACGCCGCCAAGAGGAGCUUGUGGGCAGGCACUAAAGGACGUGCUAUCGUGCGUGUGGUGCUGGGCCCUUGCCGCGGUCUUGGUGGCGCUGCACAGCGCUGUCACCUUCACUGUGCACCAUCCCGACUGCCCGCCAGGCUACUUAGGCCCCGGCGGCAAGCACGACGACUGGGUAGCCCCGGAAUGUAGCGGCGGCGCGGCGGGCUACAUCGACCGCCUGCUGCUGGGAUCAGCACAUCUCUUCCAGCACAGCGACGCCAGGCGGGUCUACGGAGGACCACCCACCGACCCUGAAGGACUGCUUGGUUGUCUGACAUCGGCCGUGCAAGUCCUCCUGGGCAUCCAGGCGGGGGCCACCGUGCUCCUGCAACGCUCCCACAAGUCCCGGAUAUCCCGCUGGCUCGCUUGGGGACUGGUCUUCGCGCUUUCUGGAGCGCUGCUGGCAGGCUUCUCCAGGGAACACGGAGUCAUUCCGAUUAACAAAAACUUGUGGUCCAUGUCCUUCGUGCUAGUGACGUCAGCGUGCUGCCUGGUGCUUCUCAGCGUCUGCUACACUCUAACCGACGCGUGGCGGCUUUGGAACGGGGGCCCCUUCCGCGCACCGGGACUCAAUGCCAUCGCUCUCUACGUGGGCCACUCGGUCUGUGCCCACCUCUUCCCCUUCCACUGGAGCGUGCCCCAUAUGAGGACCCACGCCAUCCGCUUGAUAGAGGCCACGUGGGGCACCGCGCUGUGGGUCAUCAUCGCGCACGUCAUGGCCAAGAAAAAAGUGUUCAUCACCCUCUGAUUGUCGGAUGGACACGCCGGCUUCUGGUCCCGCUACGUCAAGUUGUAGAAAGAUCAGUGUAUGGACAAAUUUGAUUUAAGAUUGAUAUUUUUGUGAAAAUUCAUCGGUUAUUUCAAAAACAUAUCAGAAUUGGUUAAAUAUUUAUACUUCAGUGCCCUACUAUAGUGGAUCAUAAAUGUAAUUGAAAUUCGGAUGGAGAUCAGUGUGGUCAGUUUUUUGGUGUCAAACAUUUUUCGCAUUUAAUUUUGAUAUUUGUAUAUUGUAUAGGUAAUGAGAUUAAUUUGUACUCAAAUGCCUUUAAAAUGCAUUUUACGUAUAAUUUGUUUUCGGAACCUGUGUCUUGAAUGUGUCUUUGAUUAAUGUUGAGACUGAGUCCAAUUCGUAAGUUAAUCUUCUUGUUAAAAACUGUGACGCGAAUAUUUUGUAGUAUCUAGUCUAAAAACUAUAAAAUAGUGUCUUGAAAUGACAGUUGCCUGUAUGUAAUGCGUUAUUUUGUAAGGCUGCUAAAAUAAAAUAAAGUAUUUUAAAUAUU